GGCAACUACUCACACAGCCUUGUGUGAUGGAGUGGAAAAGCACUGUGGAUCUGCCUUCUCUUAAUUUCAUGGAGAACUUUUUGUUCUAUUUGAAGUAGUUUGGCAGUAAGAAGAGAAAAACAGCUCGUUCUCCAGCUUUCAGGACUCAUUAAAGAAAAGUACCAACUGUUGGACAAACUCAGCAAGCCUCAGAAAGAACACGAAGCCUUAGAGACAACUCUCAAGGAGGCCCACCUGGAAGAGGAGACCAGGACAGCACAGCAUCCGGAGGCAGCCAAAAAGAAGGUGUCGAGGAACGGAGCCAAGAUUCAAGAGCAGAUACACUGCCUCCUCAAAGAGUGAAAAGAAGAGCAAUCAGAACGUUUUUGACAACAGCAAUCAGAGAUGGCAGAGAUAUCCAACAGGAUCGGGUCUCAAGCAGAGAAUCAACAUCAGUGACAUCUGAAAUAGCUAACAUGGAGGUUGCCACACUGAUCACAAACAAAAAGUGGCUCCAGAGAGAAAAGACAGAUGCUCUGAGUGAGAAUGUCCAACUCCACAAAAACCAAUCACAGCUUUCCCAGGAAGCUCAACAGUGGAAGGAACAAGUAGGUGAACUCACCUCACAGAAGAGGGCACUGCAAGACUCCCAGGCUGAAGCAGAACAACUGCUUCGAGAGAAAGGAAAACCUGUCAAGGCUCUGCCCCAGUGCCUGCUCAUCAACACAAAAGGCUGGGCUUCUGAGAUCCCAAAACACAUCACACAGCCUGAGAACUCACAGCAGGAAAUCAAGACUCAACUGGAAAAUGGUCCUGGUUCAGGUCAUCAGCCAACAGUGCCUUUGGAGAAACUGGUCUAUGGUGCUCGAUUAAAUGCAUCCUUAAACUCUAUGGAAGAACAAAGAAACCAACUUCGCACUCAACUUUGGGAGGCAAAGAAAAAUAAGAAAGAACUGGCAGAGUCUCUGCAACAUCUCCAGACUCAACAAGCAUCUCUGAAGGGAGCAAAUGCACAGCUGCAAGGGGAGCGCCAGAAGCUUCAGCAGAAGCUCACAGUGAUGGCAGAGGUUCACCACCAAACAAUGCUGAGUGGCCACACCAAACUGAGACAUCAGGCCACAGCCUGGGCAGAGCAAGAAAAGAAACUAUCCAUACGGGAAAAGGAGGGGGACCACACUGCUCAAGAGCUGGAGACCUACAGGAAGAUAGCCCAGGAUAUGCAGGAGGAGUUGGAGAAGACCAUUAACUUCUACCAAAGGCAGGUGACCUACAUGCAGAAGGAAGCCCAUGAGAUCUGGGAAAGAGCUGCCACUGCUGAAAGACUCUUCAGGGAGUUGAGGAUGGAAAAUGCUCUCACCAAACAGAUCCUGUGUGCCAUGGAGGUAAAGGCUUCCCUGUUAAGCCAAGAUCCUGCCACUCUCAGUGUGAUAAAGAGCGCACCAGGCAGAGAGCAUUCACAGCGUGGUCCUUCCCUUCAAGGUAGGCCAGCUUGAGCAAGGAGAUCUGCUCAGCCUCUUCCAUCACUGUGGGAGGAGCUGCUGGCAUCUUCAGCUUCCUCUCCAUUAGGGCCAGCAACCCCAGCCUGAGGCUCUCAGAAAAGUCACAUUCAGCUCUGCCUAUCCUAAGCCAAACUACUGAGUAGGGCCUGAUUCCUCCAGCCUUCCCUCCACCAUUUCUAACCUCUCCCACAGGCCAAGUUCUCAGAGUCCCCUCCUCCUCUUCUGCCUCCUCCAAGAGAGUCUCCACAUCAUAGGUAUCUCCCCAACCCAGAGCCAGCAUUCCCCAUGAGAAAACUCUCUUCAUUGUAACUUAUUCCCCCUUACUGUCUGCAUCU